GCUGGUAGCCCAUUCACUACAGAUUCUCCUAAAAACGGCAACUCAAAUUCUAGGAAUGGCCUUGUUGGCUCAGAUACAUAUGAACACGAUCCUGGGGCCUCCCCCGAAGUUGGUCGGUCUUCUGGACGAAUGCAUUUACUAGGCUCUUCUAGGCGAUCCUGUCGGUCCAUUGCUGGCAGAGGGAUGUUGGCUGAUCGAAUGAACGAACCACUUAUACUGCUACCUGGAAUUACUAGUCUCCCUAUCGAGGUCUUUGUCUCGGCUCUCCUUUUUGCUGGACGAAAGACAAUCAGUCAUACUUUUGCACUACUAAGACGGUAA